GUCUCUGGACACAUCUGUUCCUACCGGGUGCGCGCCACCCCUGGCAGAGAAUUCCAUCAAUUAAGCGCGUCGCCGCGGAACAGACGCGCGGAGCCAGACGAGAGACCUAAGGAUUGCUCGGCUAACCAUAACUAACCAACUUACCCUACCUAGUCCAACACAAAACCUAACCUUACCCAACCCAUAAUGUGGUUCUACAGUUGGACAACAAGGACAACGACAAUUCUCGGGACUUUUCGACACGGACCGCGCAUGCGUCGCGGGGAGGAUUGACUGACUAAAGUUCUUGAACCAUUUGAGGAUACGGGUCGUUUCUUCUCUCCAACGGUUCUCCGUUGGAGAUAUCUGUUACAUUUUCCUCCGAUAUCGAUGAAUGAUCUCGACUGAUCGAGACCGUAAGACCGCAGCGAUCAGAGUUGCCGGGACUGUUUUGGAUCUUCAAGAAGCGGCUCCAGGACUUGUUGUCCAACAAGUAGGAGAGGAACGGACUUUAUGACUGGUAUUCGGACAGAUACAUCCAGACCUCCCAUAUAUUCCAUGCCUCAAGGUUUCCUCUUCCGGUGACAUCAUCAGCAUGCCUGAGGGGUCUGGGCGUGGCAGAUCGCUUAGGAACGCAGCCAGACGUCCCUCCUCAGCCUCAUCGCUGGGCGGAGUGGUGGGCGGGAUGAUGUCGUCGUCCUCCUGUACGUCCGUCAACACGGUGUGUUCGGACAGCGACCGGCCCGCCUCCCUCACCUUGUCCUCCUCCUCCUCCUCCUCCUCGCUGCCCUACGGCCCGGGGGCCGCCGACACCUGCUCCUCCUCCUCCUCCUCCUGCUCCUCCUCCUCCACGCACAAGAGGAAGGGCUCCGACAUCAGCCUGGAUCUCACACCUCUGGCUGCUUCCCCUGUGCCACUGGCCCCGCCCCCAGUGACCCUAGCCACGCCCCCGGCGCCCCAGGCCCCGCCCCUCCUGCUGACGCGACUGCAGAGGGUGGUGUUGGAGAUCGUAGAGACGGAGCAGGCCUACGUCAGAGACUUGAGGAGCAUCGUAGAGGACUAUCUGGGCUGUAUUGUGGACUGGGGAUCCGCCCUGCCUCUGAAGGCAGAGCAGGUCAGCGCCCUGUUCUGCAACAUAGAAGACAUCCUGGAGUUCAACAGUGAUCUCCUUGAGGACUUGGAGAACAGUCCCCAUGCUGCAGCCAUCGCUGAGUGUUUCCUAGAGCGGAGUGAAUCGUUUAACAUCUACACCUUGUACUGUAUGAACUAUCCCAACUCGAUGGCGGUACUGAGGGAGUGUAUGCAGGAUGAGCGUCUCCUCGUCUUCUUCCAGGAGAGACAAGCCACCCUGAAUCACUCGUUGCCGUUAGAGACCUACCUGCUCAAACCUGUCCAGAGGAUCCUCAAGUACCACCUUUUACUACAGGAGCUGUCUAAACACUGGGACCAUGGCGCCCAGGGCAUUGAGGUUGUGGAGGACGCCAUCGUUGCCAUGACAGCCGUAGCGUGGUACAUCAAUGACAUGAAGAGGAGGCAAGAACACGCUAUCAGACUGCAGGAGGUCCAGGGUCUACUGGUGAACUGGGUGGGUCCUGAGCUGGGGGGCUUCGGGGAGCUGGUCCUGGAGGGCUGCUUCAGGGUGCUGAGGAUGAGGAAGGAGAGAGCCUUUUUCCUCUUCAACAACAUGCUGCUCAUCACCAAGAAGAGGAUGGACCGCUUCAUCUACAGCACUCACAUCUUCUGCUGUAACCUGUUGUUGGUGGAACAUCUAAAGGAUCCGCUGACUUUCAAAGUUUCAGACCAAACGAUCCCUAAAGAACAACAUACUGUACAGACAAGGAACCUUGAGGAGAAGAGACUGUGGAUCCACUACCUGAAAAGACUUAUCAUGGAGAACCAUCCUACCUCCCUCCCUCACAAGGCAAGGCAGGUCCUGGGAGACAACUUCUGUCAAUCUCCUCAUUUUGACCAGGACACCCUGAAGAAGAGUCCUGCCACUCCACGAUUGGACAAUUCCCGAGGACAUCAUCGAGGCAGGCGCCAAUCAGACCCCCCAGCAGUGACCUUCCCAUGUGCGCCGAGAACAAGCCUCCGUCAACCCUUUAACUACACACGCAGACAAUCAGUACCAACCAAUCACAUAGAGGCUGUCUGCACUUCAGGAGUGUGGAAGCCUAUGGACAGCAGGGGGGAUGUGGGUGGUUUAGCGAGUCCCUGGUCCUCGUCAGUGAACCCCCUACCCCCAGCAGGACCUCCGCCCACCCAGGAGGAGGAGGAGGAGGAGGAGGUUCUCGCCCCUCUGUGUGCCAGCCCCUCCCUCUCAAUCACUGAGGAAAUCCUGCAGUUGAUGAACAAGAGCCUCCUGGCUUCAUCUCUACCCACGGAGUCCACCAGAUCUGACCACAGUUUUACCAGCCCUCUGGCCCCUGAAGUACCCCCCUCCAGCCCUCUGGCCCCUGAAGUACCCCCCUCCAGCCCUCUGGCCCCUACAGUACCCCCCUCCAGCCCUCUGGCCCCUACAGUACCCCCCACCGGCCCUCUGGCCCCUACAGUACCCCCCUCCAGCCCUCUGGCCCCUGAAGUACCCCCCUCCAGCCCUCUGGCCCCUACAGUACCCCCCACCGGCCCUCUGGCCCCUACAGUACCCCCCUCCAGCCCUCUGGCCCCUACAGUACCCCCCUCCAGCCCUCUGGCCCCUACAGUACCCCCCACCGGCCCUCUGGCCCCUACAGUACCCCCCUCCAGCCCUCUGGCCCCUACAGUACCCCCCUCCAGCCCUCUGGCCCCUACAGUACCCCCCACCGGCCCUCUGGCCCCUACAGUACCCCCCUCCAGCCCACUGGCCCCUACAAUACCCCCCACCAGCCCUCUGGCCCCUACAGUACCCCCCUCCAGCCCUCUGGCCCCUACAGUACCCCCCACCAGCCCUCUGGCCCCUACAGUAUCCCCCUCCAACCAAGCCUUGUGGGAGCCCGGGCCCUGGCACCAUAUGGGGGACCAGGGGGUGGAUACCAAGGGUUUGGAGCUGAUGGCACCCUGCAAUCAGAGCGAGGAGAUGGGGCUUGGGUGUUGGGAGGAGAGAGCGGAGGAGGUGCAAAACCACAACAGGAGCGAGCACAGCAUCAUCGCCAAGAUCCGGAGUUACUACCAGGCUGCCGAGGAGGACGAGGAGGAGGAGGACAGUAGCCCCGCCCAGCAGGACAAACAUUGCCCCAGUCCCACCCACCAGGACCCCAGCCCCGCCCACCAGGACCGCAGCCCCGCCCACCAGGACCGCAGCCCCGCCCACCAGGACCAUAGCCCCGCCCAGCAGGACCCUAGCCCCGCCCACCAGGACCCCAGACCCGCCCACCAGGAACCCAGUCCCACCCACAAGGACCCUUGCCACGCCAACCGAGAUUCCUCUGGGAAUCAGCACAGGAAGGCCAGAACACAGAGAGAACUGGACCAGGACACCCGCCUGCAGGCCCUUCAUCCCAGCCAGACCAGGGUGGGGGACUGGUCUGCUCCCAGCAGGAGGGCCUUGUUGGAGGUGUCUGGGUCAGGUGUAGCAGGCAUCCGGCUGUUUGAGAUGGGGCCCCUCGCUGACCCAGCAUUGAUGAAGAACUCGGAGCGGAUUCUGAACAAGGUCCAAACGCUGGCACGCAUGUACAGCUCAAGCGCCGGGACCAUGAAGCUUCCUCUGCACCAAAAGCAGAACGCCAGGAGGACCAGGACGCCCCAAGACACGCAGACCGGGUGCCUGAAGGAGCAGGGGAAGCACAUCCAGUCCCAGCGCUCCAGUCAGAACCCUACUGACACUAACAGACCCGAUGCAGCCAAAACACACACACAGUCCCCACUCACCAGGGCUCAGAACCCAAAUACGACCAGGAGCCUUGCACAGACCCAGGCAGGUCCGCCGGCCCCCUGGUUGGAGGAUGGAGGGAUGAAGGAAGAGCAAGAGAUGGAAGACAAGUGCAUGAGGAGGAGAGGGAGCGGGACCAGUGAUCCCCAGGCGGCCCCAGUGGUGUUGGGUCCGGUCUCGGUCAGACCCUGCUUGGCCCUCUGUCGGCCCCGGGACUUCAUCUCCGCCCUGAGCUCCAGUGUCGCCUCCGUGACCUCCAGCCUCCCCAGAGCAGGCCUCCCCUCCACUGGGGGGGAGGGCUCCAGGGAGUCCCAGGAGAGAGCCUACCACCAUGGCUCUGGUGUCACUAUCCUGAGGGACCACCGGGCUGACCUCCCCCAGGAAAGGCCACCUGGUCAGGCCCGUGUCUCCCGCGUCAGCCCGCUGGCCUCCCCCUCACCCAACGUACCCGCUGACGGGGCCACUAGACGGGGGUCCGGCUCCACCAACAGCCCCCUGGUCCCUGGGAUGUCUGAGGCCUGGCCCCAAGCCCUCAAUGGAGGCCAGCUGAGAGAGAGCUCUUCUGAGGACCUCCAUCAGGAUAUUCCUCGGUUGCCGUGGGAGAUGUCAUCGUUGCUGUCUCCCCCACCCUCCCUCUCCAGGCCUAACCUCACCCACCGCCCCCCCUCCCCCUGCAGGGCCAUCCCUCCUUUCUCCCCCCCUCAGCCCUCUAGUGGGAGGGGUUUGGACAGACGGGGUGGAGCCCCGUUCUCAGCUUUCUCCAGAUCAUUGGCCGCCUCCUUCAUCAGUCAAAGCAUCGCCAAGAAGAAUGCCCCGCCCCCAUUUAUCCAUUCUCCUCACCAUGACUCCUUCACUCCCAUUCCUCCCCAGGACUCUUCCGCUCCCCUGGUUCUUAACAUGCCCACGGGCCUCAGCCUGGAGCAGGCCAUCUUGAUGAAGUCUGUUACCGGCUCCGGCUCCAGCUGCCCCCACAUUCUGUCCCCGCCUCCGAUUGGUGUUCCGUCAAACGCCUGGACCGAUCACAUCGCUGCACCCCGGCCACGGAACCCAUGCUCUGCACCCUACCUGACCUCCUAUACACCGGACACCUCCUCCUCUACUCCUGCCCCAAGUUCCCUGAACCUCAGGAGCCCUAUCAAGGCCUGCUCCUCCUACCUCCAGCCUCCGGUCUCGCCCAGCAGGCUCAGCCCAGACAGGGCCACCCAGGCUGGGAGGCAUCCCCAGCGAGACGAUCAGGAGCUCCUCGACCAGAGUCCAGAGACUGAGGGAGAGCUGGAGAAGGGAAGCUGUCGCAGUCAGCUGUUCUGUGCCUAUGUAGCCCGCCCUUCCCUGGCCCAAACUCCCACCACCACGCCCUCCACCGACCACACCAACCACAACCCCACCACCCAGCAAGCAGAUCCCCACACUCUGGUUCAAACACAGAUCACAGCCCACCCGGGGCUUCCUAGGACCAACUAUGCCACCACGGUGAACCUCCAGGUCGCCUGUAGCGGAAGGAUCACCUUCUACAGCACGGCCCGGGUCAGCCUAGACCAGAACCCCUAA